GUUCACGUUGGAAGCAAGUGAAACAAGAAGACGAUGGGACGAUACUUCCAGACAGUUUGGGCGGUUUUCAUAUCCCUUUGUUUCCUAGGAAUUACCAAAGGUGAAAGGGCAUUUGAGCGCACCGUAAAUGGAAAUGGUCCUACAAGUAACAUCCCUCCAGGUGAAGAUGGCUUCAUCGUAACUCUCGCGGUAUUUUCCGGCGCUUUAAACCCACAAUGGACGAUUGGACAGAACGACCCAAACUUCAGUGAAGCACAAAGGCUUUUCAGAGCUGCGAACAAAUACCAACUUGAGGAGGCACCACCAAAGCUUGGAUAUGAGGGAUUUUUCGUGCAGGAGGUGAAGAAGGGGCAAUAUGAGCCAUCGGUAUUGAUUGUAGGUCCUGAAACAGAGGAGCUACAGAAACUCUUGUUAGGGACUGGCCCUCCUGAUAAGGUUUCGACAGCGCUGAACAGAGUCGUUAUGAAAGAAAUUCAGAGUAAAAAUGUCAGACCAGCGAAAAGAAAUCGAAUGAAACGUUACGCGCCAUGGUAUCAGCCCAAAAAAUGGAACGACGGCAUUCAUGUGUUUUCUAACAACUGUUACAACUAUGCAAGCACAAUCAGGACAGACACCUUUGCACAACCCGGGAGAAAGUCAAAGUUAACGUUUCCAUUUCCAUUUAAUGGAGAAGACGUAAAAAGAUUAGCAGAGGCCGAUGGUUGUGUUUUCAAGGAAGCUAAAAAACACAUGUGCGCUCCUUCCGGUGAUGAACACUUGGUGGCACUUUUUGUUUCCACUGAAAUAGGUCUUGAAGAUUACCAUUGGUACCGAUUGGACAAUAAUGGAUACUGGUCUCACAAAGCUGGCGGCACCCCUGCCACUGACCUUGAUGGAAAUGGAAACAAGAUCCGUGAUCCGAGAAAAGCUGCCAAUGGUUACAUACCCUAUAAAUUUGUUUGCUUCAUGACCAUCGACAGAACAACUAUUCAAAUCGAGUAAAUUUCUGCCAUGAUCCUGAUCCGUUUGGUCAUUCAAUGAAUCUAACGUAGUCCAGAAAUGUACAAACAAAUAGUUCU